UGUAUAAUGUGUAGCAACUGGCAUGUGAAGAUCUCACUUGUUAAAAUUAUUGGAUCGUUAAGUUUUUCAGGUUUUUAAUUCACACAUAAAUGCAAACUUUAUUUCCCCCCUUUUUUUCUUUUCAGUUCUCAAGUAUUUAAAAGAGUUAGGGUCCAAUAAUAAGGCCAGUAAAUUACCCAGAGCAAGAAAAUAAUAAGGUUGGGGAAAAAAAAUAUUAAAAAAGGAACUCAAAAGUGGGAUAAAUUACCAAACUCCUACAGCCAUGGAAAUUAGGCCUCGAAAAUGACUCUCAACACUUCCUUACAUGUUGGAGAUUUUGCUAAUGACUCACAGACCAUUUGCCUGCGAAGGCAGUGUUGAGACAAACUGUGAAACUAGACUUUUUAAUACAAAAAUGAACAGUAAAGUAGAAAUAAAUAAUGGUUGGACUAAAGACCGUUUGAAGAAAAAAAAACACCAUAAAAAAAAAACAAAAAACCAAACCAGCUAAUCAAAUGCUUUCUUGUGUGGAAAGAUAAUGAGCCACAACAACAUUAGCAAAAUAGAUAUUCUAAUGUCGGAGUCACGUGACAGUGGAGUGUAUUUUCAGACACCAGAAUUGAGCACAACUGGACUGAACUGUGACCUUUAAAAAGCAGAAUUGUCCAAAUGAGUUCCUUAAUGAACAGCAAAUAAUGUUAAACAUAGAUCAUUUACGGAUACGAAUAAUAAUAACAGGUACAAACGGUUGUACACAUAAAUAUGCAGAACAAAUAUUUCUCUCAUUAAUACACCUGUGUGCGUUGACGCGUCACGUGACACGUUCCCAAAAGAGUGACAAUCUCAAAACUGCUUCCAGAAAACAUGAAGCCAUUCUGUGUGACAUUGGGGAGUUUCACUGUAUUGACCGGAAAACCUGCAUCCCAGAGGCCUGGCUCUGUGAUGGUGAGCCUGACUGUCCCGACGACUCAGAUGAAACAGAUCAAACUUGUGGUCAGGACGUUGUGGUCAGAUGUCCACUCAACCACAUACAGUGCAUCGGCACAAAAAAGUGCAUUCACUUCAACAAACUCUGCAACGGAGCUCGAGACUGUGACGACGGCUACGACGAAGGCGUCCACUGUCGAGAGCUCCUGUCAGCCUGCCACGAGCUCCGCUGCCGCUACGGCUGCGUCAUGACAAGAAACGGCACCUUCUGUUUCUGCGCUGACGGCUUUGAGGUCGGCGAGGACGGGACAAGCUGCAGAGAUCAUGAUGAAUGUGCCAUAUACGGCUCAUGCAGCCAAACCUGCACCAACACCUACGGGUCGUACAGAUGCAGCUGCACAGAGGGAUACGUCCUGCAGCCCGACAGGAUAUCCUGCAGAGCCAGACAAGAUCCCGGCGACGGCCGUCCGGUGCUGCUGAGUGGAGGCUCCAAUCGAAUAUCCGUCACCAAUCUAAAUGGAACGAGCCUCAAACCCCUGAGGUCCUCCAGUGCAAAUGGAACCGUGGCACUGGAUUUCCAGCACAAGCAGGAGUCCGUGUGCUGGGUCCUGUCUUCGGAAUCCUCUGGGCAACUGCGUUGUGCUGAAGCAAGAAAUCUGCGUGGAUUCACACGGGAACAGGAAAUAAGAACACAACAAAACCUGCAGCGUAGGUGUCCAGCUGUGUGUUUGUCUCUGUUGUCUCGGCUCCGUCCUCAUGUCUUUGUUUCAUAUCCAGACCUCUGUCACAGCGACCCACUGCUUUCUUACUCCAUCCCUCCUUUGCCUCACCCUUCAACUGACAUAGACUGUACAUGCUUUAACAUGUGGUCAAAUUGUAAUCUGAUUACUUUCAGUAAUCGGUGCCAGUUUUGCGUUAACCCCGUUGCCUCCUGUCGUCCUCCUGCAGACGUGGAACACAUGGCCAUCGAUUGGCUAACUGGAAAUUUUUAUUUUGUCGACCGGACGGCGGAGAAGAUCUUUGUCUGUGACCGGGACGGGACCACGUGCGUCACUGUGGUUCAGCUGGACCUGGUCAACCCUAAAGGACUGGCUCUGGACCCUCUGAUGGGAAUGCUCUUCUUCACCGACUAUGGGAACGUGGCCAAGGUGGAACGCUGCAACAUGGACGGCACCAACCGGACCAGACUGGUGGACUAUAAGACAGAGCAGCCCACUGCUGUGGCCUUGGACCUCGUCAAGAAGCUGGUGUACUGGGCCGACGCCUACCUGGACUCCAUCGAGGUGGUGGAUUAUCAUGGCAAGAACAGACACAUGGUCCUCCAUGGAAGUCAAGUGUCGUACGUUUUUGCACUGGCCGUGUUUGAAGACUUCCUCUACGCCACUCGCUCCGACCCGUCCAAAGGGACUUCUUCUGUGGAGCUCCUGCAGAUCCACAGGUUCAACCUCACUGCAGAGAGCACAGUAUUAGCCAGCUUAGGGAAUUCCAGAGGCCUGCGUGUGUACCACAAACUCACUCAGCCAACAGUUAGGAGUCACGCCUGUGAAGUGGAUUCCUACGGUAAACCAGGCGGAUGCUCCCACAUUUGCCUCUUCAGUGGCAGCUACAAGUCCAGAUCCUGUCGCUGUCGAAGCGGCUACAACCUGGGCUCCAACGGACAGUCCUGCAAAAAGCCGAAGAACGAUCUCUUUCUGUUCUAUGGUAAGGGGCGUCCAGGUGUGAUCCGGGGUCUGGACGUGAACAUCAAGUCCAGUGAUGAGCACAUAGUUCCAAUCAAAGACCUGGUGAAUCCCCGGGCCAUUGACUAUCACGCAGAAACUGGACACAUCUAUUUUGCCGACACAACCAGUUUUCUCAUCGGACGGCAGAAAAUAGAUGGAAGCGGCAGAGAGACGAUACUCAAAGAUGAUCUUGACAACGUGGAAGGAAUCUCCGUGGACUGGAUUGGGAAUAACCUGUACUGGACCAACGAUGGCUACAGGAAGACCAUCAGUGUUGCCAGACUGGAGACGGCCUCUCAGACCAGGAAGACCCUGCUGGAAGGGAACAUGUCACACCCGAGGGCUAUCGUGGUCGACCCUCUUAACAGCUGGAUGUACUGGACAGACUGGGAGGAGGAUGAAGUCAACGACAGCAUCGGGAGGAUAGAGAAAGCCUGGAUGGAUGGAUCCAACCGGAGGAUCUUCGUCACCUCCAACAUGCUGUGGCCCAACGGUCUGACGCUGGACCACGGCUCCAACACCAUGUACUGGUGCGACGCCUACUAUGACCACAUCGAGAAGAUCCACCUGAACGGAACUGGAAGACUGGUGGUGUACAACGGGAAAGAGCUCAACCACCCGUUCGGAAUCUCCCAUUAUCGUAAUUUCAUCUUUUGGACGGAGUACAUGAAUGCGUCGGUCUUCCAGCUGGACCUGUCCACCAGUGAGGUCACGUUGCUCCGCAGUGAGAGACCGCCGCUGUUUGGCCUGCGUGUCUACGAUGCUCAGAGUCAACAAGGGGAAAACGCAUGCAGUGUGAAUUAUGGAGGCUGCAGUACCCUCUGCCUCGCCAUCCCAGGAGGCAGAGUGUGUGCCUGCGCUGACAACCAGAUCCUGGAGAAGAACAAUGUCACCUGCACAGAAGCCUCCAGCACCGGUCUGGAGCCGCAGCGCUGUAAAAACGACGAGUUUCAGUGCCAUAACCGUCGCUGCAUACGAGCCGCGUGGAAGUGUGACGGCGACGACGACUGCCUGGACGGCAGCGAUGAAGAAAGCCACAGCUGUCAUAAUCACAGCUGCCCCAUUGAUCAGUUCAAAUGCACCAACAACCGCUGCAUUCCCAAGAGAUGGCUCUGUGACGGCACCAACGACUGUGGGAACAACGAGGACGAGGCCAACGUCACCUGUGCAGCUCAGUCCUGUCAGGCCGACCAGUUUUCCUGCCAGAACAGACGUUGUAUUCCUCAAGCCUGGAUCUGUGACCAGGAGGACGACUGCGGAGACAUGUCUGAGGAGAUCGGAUGCUCCUUUCCCACCUGUGAGGCCUUGACCCAGUUCAGCUGUUCCAAUGGACGCUGCAUUAGUGUCAACUGGAACUGUGAUUCAGAUGACGACUGCGGAGACGGCAGUGACGAGGCGGGCUGCGUCCACUCGUGCACCAACACCCAGUUCCAGUGCACGAGCGGCCGCUGCAUCCCAGACCAGUGGGUCUGUGACGGGGACAACGACUGCGGAGACUUCAGUGAUGAGAACAGCACCUGCAGAGGUGGAGCUGCACUGCUGCCAGCUGUGAUAGAGUGCAGUGAGGAGGAAUUCCACUGUGUCGCAGAUGGAACCUGCAUUCCAGAACGCUGGAGGUGUGAUGGAGACAAGGACUGUGAAGAUGGGAGCGACGAGAAGGACUGUGAAGGCACCAGACGGAUGUGUGACCCCAAGGCCAAGUUCACCUGCAAAGACACAGGCAAAUGUAUCACAAAGAGCUGGGUGUGUGACGGGGACAUCGACUGUGAAGACCGCUCCGAUGAAGAGUCCUGUGAGUCAGCUGUGUGUAAACCGCCCAAGUAUCCCUGUGCAAACAACAGCAACGUCUGCCUGACGCCCGAUAAGAUCUGCAACGGCAAAGUGGACUGUGCCGACCGCUCGGAUGAAGGAGCCAUCUGUGAUUUGUGCCUCGUAGCCAGGGGGGGCUGCAGUCAUCAGUGCACCGUGGCACCAGGGAAAGGUGUGGUGUGCUCCUGCCCACCUGGGCUGGAUCUGGACUCCAGCAACAAGACGUGUGAGGUGGUGGACUACUGCAGCCGCCACCUGAGGUGCAGCCAGGUCUGUGAGCAGUACAAGACCACGGUCAAGUGCUCCUGUUACCCAGGCUGGAGUCUGGACCCGGACGGAGACAGCUGCCACAGCACAGACUCCUUCGAGGCUUUCAUCAUUUUCUCAAUCCGGCAUGAGAUAAGAAGGAUAGACCUUCACAAGCGGGACUACAGCCUCCUGGUGCCGGGCCUCAGGAACACCAUCGCAUUAGACUUCCAUUUUAAUCACAGCCUUCUUUACUGGACAGACGUGGUGGAGGAUAAGAUCUACAGGGGGAGGCUGUCUGAGUCCGGGGGAGUGACAGGUAUCGAGGUGGUGGUCCAACAUGGGCUGGCCACCCCCGAGGGCCUGGCCGUGGACUGGAUCACAGGGAAACUGUACUGGAUCGACAGUAACCUGGACCAGAUCGAGGUGGCCAAGCUGAACGGAGACAUGCGCACCACACUGAUCGCUGGAGGGAUGGAACACCCCCGGGCCAUCGCUCUGGACCCCGGGCAGGGAAUCCUCUUCUGGACCGACUGGGAUGCCACCUUUCCUCGUAUUGAGGCAGCAUCAAUGAGCGGGGGAGGUCGACACAUUGUGUUCAAAGAUAUGGAGAUUGGCGCCUGGCCUAAUGGACUGACUCUGGAUCAUUUGGAGAAGAGGAUCGUCUGGACAGAUGCGCGAUCUGACGCCAUCUUCUCUGCGCUCUACGACGGCAGCGGGGUCAUCGAGAUCCUGCGGGGACACGAAUACCUGUCCCAUCCUUUUGCUGUGUCUCUGUACGGAGGCAACGUGUACUGGACGGACUGGAGGACAAAUACUUUAGCCAGAGCCAACAAGUGGACGGGACAGAACGUCACAGUCAUCCAGAAGACGAGCGCGCAGCCGUUUGACCUGCAGAUCUUCCACCCCAGCAGGCAGCCACAAGCCUCUAACCCGUGUGAAGCCAAUGAUGGACGCGGCCCCUGUUCACAUCUGUGUCUCAUCAAUUACAACCGCACGGCUUCCUGCACCUGUCCACACCUCAUGAAGCUUUCAACUGACAAACAGUCCUGCUUUGCGCUGAAGAGAUUCCUCCUGUACGUGCGUCGGUCUGAAAUCCGCGGCGUGGACAUCGACAACCCUUACAUGAACGUCAUGACGGCGCUGACCGUUCCAGACAUCGACGACGUCAGCAUGGUGGACUACGAUGCCCUGGAGGAGAGGAUUUACUGGGCCGACAUCAAAACGCAGACCAUUAAACGGGCUUUCAUCAACGGCACUGAGCUGGAGACCAUCAUCUCCACAGACAUCGUGAACUGCCGCGGCUUGGCUUUAGACUGGAUUUCAAGGAACUUAUAUUGGCUCAGCUCUGAAAAUGACGAGUCACAAAUCAAUGUGGCUCGCUUUGAUGGGUCCCUGAAGACUUCCAUCAUCCACGGCAUUGAUAAGCCCGGGUGUCUUGUAGUGCAUCCUGCCAAGGGGAAAAUCUAUUGGACAGAUGGCAACACAAUUAACAUGGCCAACAUGGACGGGAGCAACAGCAAGGUCCUCCAGCAAAAUCAGAGGGAACCUGUAGGUCUUUCCCUGGACUACACGGCCAACAGGCUGUACUGGAUCAGCGCCGCCAACAGCACCAUCAACAGGUGCAGCCUGGACGGCAGCGGGCUGGAGGUGCUGGAGACCGUGAAGAAGGAGAUGGGCAGAGGCACGGCUCUGGCGGUGAUGGGUGGAAAACUGUGGUGGGCGGACGAGGAAGGGGCCCAGCUGGGAACGGUGAACAAGAGGGACGGACGAAACCCCGCGGUCCUCAGAAACAAGACGAGUGGAGUGGUCCAUAUGAAGGUGUACGACAGAGAGGGUCAGAAAGGGAGAAACCAGUGCCAGGUGAACAACGGAGGAUGUUCACAGCUGUGUUUCCCGACGUCCGAGAACACGCGGAGCUGCUCCUGCACCCUGGGCUACAAACUACGGACGGAUCGCAUGUCGUGUGAAGGUGUGGACUCUUUCCUGAUGUAUUCCAUCCACGAGGGAAUCCGGGGAAUCGCCCUGGAACCAAAUGACAACAGUGAGGCCCUGAUGCCCAUCACAGGAACUCUGUUUGCUGUUGGAGUUGACUUUCAUGCUGGAAAUGACACCGUGUACUGGACUGACAUGGGGCUGAACAGAAUCUCCCGCGCCAAACGGGAUCAGACCUGGAGGGAGGACGUCAUCACCACCGGCAUCAGCCGAGUGGAAGGCAUCGCCGUUGAUUGGAUCGCAGGAAAUCUGUACUGGACGGACCACGGCGUUAACCUGAUAGAAAUCUCCCGUCUCAGCGGUGCGUACCGCUCAGUGGUAAUCUCUGAAGGACUGGACCAGCCCAGGGCCAUCGCUGUACAUCCACAGAAGGGGUUUCUCUUCUGGACUGAGUGGGGUCAGAAUCCCUGCAUCGGCCGCUCCCGUCUGGACGGUUCAGACCAGGUGACGCUGGUCAACUCCGGCAUCAUGUGGCCCAACGGAAUUUCAAUUGACUACGAGGAAAACACAUUAUACUGGUGCGACACCCGCACAGAUAAGAUCGAGAGGAUCAACCUUGAGACAGGCGAGGGCCGUGAGAUUGUACUGUCUGUGGCCAACGUGGACCUGUUCUCCGUGGCUGUGUUUGGGCCUUACAUCUACUGGUCUGACAGGGCUCAUUCCAACGGUUCCAUCCGCCGUGCCUUCAAGUCCGACACCUCAGAGGUGGUGACCAUGAGGAGUGGACUAGGAGUUAAUUUGAAGGACGUCACCGUCUUCAACAGAGGCAGAGAAAAAGGCACCAACCCCUGUGCCAGGAGUAAUGGCGGCUGUCAGCAGUUGUGCUUCCACCUGGGCAGCGGGCGGCGGACCUGCUCCUGCGCCCACGGCCGCCUGGCAGAUGAUGGCUUUGCCUGCGAGCGCUACGACGGUUAUCUUCUCUACUCUGAGAGGACGAUCCUGAAAAGCAUCCAUCUCUCAGAUGAGAAUGACCUCAACUCUCCUGUCCAGCCUUUUGAAAACCCUGCAUUUUUCAAAAAUGUCAUAGCGCUGGCCUUUGACUACAGCCAGAAGAUUGUUGGGACGAACCGCAUAUUUUUCAGCGACGUCCACUUUGGGAAUAUACAAAUGAUUAAUGACGACUGGACAGGACGGACUAUUAUUGCUGAAAAUGUGGGCUCAGUGGAGGGUCUGUCCUAUCAUAAGACGUGGGACGCUCUGUACUGGACCAGCUCCACGACCUCCACCAUCAGCAGACAGACCGUGGACCAGAACAGAGUGGGUGCCUUCAGCAGAGAGGCUGUGGUCACACUUUCUGACGAUGACCAUCCGCACAUCCUGGCCCUGGACGAGUGCCAGAACCUGAUGUUUUGGACCAACUGGAACGAGCAGAGGCCGUCGGUCAUGAGAUCCACUCUAGCGGGACAGAACCUGAGGAUCAUCAUAAGUACGGACAUCCUGACUCCCAGCGGCCUGACCAUCGACCACCGGGCGGAGAAGCUCUACUUCUCAGACGGAAGCCUUGGAAAGAUUGAGAGAUGUGACUACGACGGCUCGGGCCGAAACGUCGUGAUCAACUCAGGAGCUGGGAACUUCUACGGACUGGCCCUCCAUGCAGAGUUCAUCUACUGGUCAGACUGGGCGCGCAGGUCAAUACUGCGCUCAAACAAAUACACAGGUGGAGACACCAAAGUCCUUCGAGCAGACAUUUCCCAUCAACCCAUGGGGCUCACGGCUGUAGCCAGAGAUACCAAUAACUGCGACCUGUCCCCGUGUCGACACGUGAACGGAGGCUGCGGUGACCUUUGUCUUCUGACCCCACACGGCAGGGUCAACUGCACUUGCCGCGGCGAACGUGUGCUGUUAGACAACAACAGAUGUGUGUCAGAAAAUUCAUCCUGCAACAUCCACACUGAAUUUGAAUGCGGGAACGGAGAGUGCAUAGACUACCAGCUAACCUGUGAUGGAAUAGCCCACUGCAAAGAUAAAUCAGAUGAGAAGAUGCAGUACUGUGACAACAGGAGCUGUCGGAAGGGCUUUAGGCCCUGCUACAACCAGCGGUGUGUGGCCAACAGUCGCUUCUGUGACAAGAUCGAUGACUGUGGGGAUAACUCAGAUGAAGCUUUCUGUGCUAAUGUCACUUGUGGCUCGUCAGAGUGGUCGUGUAAAGACGGCAGCUGUGUAGCCCGCUCAGCCUGGUGUAACCAGGUCAUCGACUGCGCUGAUGCCUCGGAUGAAAAGAACUGCAACCACACCGACUGCUCUCACUUUUAUAAGCUGGGGGUCAAGGAAAAAAAAUUCAUCAGCUGCAACAGCACCUCACUGUGCAUCCACCCGUCAUGGAUCUGCGACGGUUCAAACGACUGCGGUGACUACGUUGAUGAGACCAACUGCCAGGUUUCUCAUGGACAGCAGUGUGAGGAAGGCCACUUCGCCUGUCCCAGUGGGAACUGCAUCUCCAGCGUGUGGCUGUGUGACGGCCAGAAGGACUGUGAGGACGGUGCAGAUGAGUUCCAGUGUGACUCAUCUUGCUUGUGGAAUCAGUUCGCCUGCUCAAAGAACAAGUGCAUUGCCAAACAAUGGCUGUGCGACGGAGAGAAUGACUGCGAAGACGGUCUGGACGAGAGCGUGCAGAUCUGCGGCUCAGUGACAUGUGCUCCAGGGCUGUUCAGUUGCCCCGGGUCAUAUGCCUGUGUUCCAAAACGCUGGCUGUGUGAUGGCGAAAGAGACUGCCCUGAUGGGAGCGAUGAACUCUCUGCAGCUGGCUGUGCACCAAACAACACAUGUGAUGACAGCUCAUUUCGCUGCCACAACAAGGCGUGCAUCCCCAGGAGAUUUGUCUGCGACCAUGAUGACGACUGUGGAGACGGAUCUGAUGAGUCAGUAGAAUGUGUCUAUCGCUCCUGUGGAUCUGAAGAAUUCCGCUGCAGGGAUGGUCGCUGUCUUCUCAGCUCUCAGUGGGAGUGUGACGGUCACGCAGACUGUCCCGACUACUCUGACGAACUACCUCUAAACCUCAAAUGUCUGGCGGCAGGAAGCUUGUGCAAUGGCUCCUUCUUUAUGUGCUCCAACGGACGCUGCAUUUCUGAGGGGAAUAUCUGCGACGGGAAGGACGACUGUGGAGACCAGUCGGAUGAAAAGAACUGCAACAUGAAUGAAUGCCUUAACCGCAGGGUCAGCGGGUGCACGCAGGACUGCCAAGACCUGACUGUGGGAUACAAGUGCAAAUGCUGGCCUGGAUUCCACCUGAAGGAUGAUGGGAAGACCUGUGUUGACAUUGAUGAAUGCUCCACUACUUUUCCCUGUAGCCAGCGCUGCAUCAACACGUACGGCUCAUUCAAGUGCCUGUGUGUGGAUGGCUAUGAAGCCUUGGAGCGCAAUCCCAAUACAUGCAAAGCCCUUUCAGCUGAAGAGCCUUUUCUCAUCAUGGCAGACCACCAUGAGAUACGCAAACUGAGUGUAGAUGGCUCGAACUACACCAUCCUGAAGCAGGGCCUUAACAACAUAAUCCACAUUGAUUUUGACUACAAGAAGGAAUUUAUUUAUUGGGUGGACUCAACGAGACCAAGUGGUCGAAAAAUAAACAGAAUGCGUCUCAAUGGGAGUGACCUCAAGAUUGUCCACAGGACAGCAGUGCCCAGUGCUUUGGCUGUGGAUUGGAUUGGAAAAAAUCUGUACUGGUGUGAUGUGGAAAGGAAAACAAUGGAAGUUUCCAAAUCCAACGGACUCUACCCGACUGUUCUGAUCAGUUCCGGCCUUAAGAAUCCUUCAGAUCUGGCUCUGGAUCCUCAGACAGGAUAUGUAUUCUGGGUGGACUGCUGUGAACCUCCCUACAUUGGACGCAUUGGCAUGGAUGGACGGGGGCAAACCGUCAUCACCGACACAGAGAUCCACAACCCCACCGCUCUGACCAUCGAUUACACCAACAAAAGACUCUACUGGGCCGAUGACAAUCACAUUCUCUUCGCCAACAUGGAUGGAACUCAGAGACGUAAAGUGACCUACGAUCACAUUCAAGGAGUAAUGGCUCUGACUGUGUUUGAGGAUUUUGUAUAUUGGACCGAUGGAAAGUCAAAAUCACUUCGACGUGCUCACAAGACAACUGGUUCUCAGGGGAUAGAGCUUCUCAAUUCCUGGCAAGCUAUUAAAUCUAUCAAGGUCUACCAUUCCCUGCGCCAGCCUGAAGUUCCCAAGCACCAAUGUCAGAUUGCUAAUGGAGGAUGCAGCCACCUGUGUCUUCUGUCUCCUGGUGGAGGUCACAGAUGUGCCUGUCCCACUAAUUUUUACCUGGCUGCUGACAAUAAGACCUGUCUGUCCAACUGCACCUCUAGUCAGUUUCGCUGUGGGACGGAUGAGUGUAUCCCCUUUUGGUGGAAAUGUGACACCGUGGACGACUGUGGGGACGGAUCAGAUGAACCAGCCGACUGUCCUGAAUUCAAGUGCCAGCCUGGGCGUUUCCAGUGUGGCACUGGUCUUUGUGCUCUUCCUCCAUUUAUCUGUGAUGGAGAGAACGACUGUGGUGACAACUCAGACGAGGCCAACUGUGAGACAUACAUCUGUCUGUCAGGCCAGUUUAAGUGCACCAGGAAACAGAAGUGUAUUCCCCUCAACCUCCGCUGUAAUGGUCAAGAUGACUGCGGUGAUGGAGAGGAUGAGACCGACUGUCCUGAGAGCACAUGCUCCCCAGACCAGUUCCAGUGCAAAGCCUCAAUGCACUGCAUCUCCAAACUCUGGGUUUGUGAUGAGGACCCUGACUGUGCCGACGGGUCAGACGAGGCUAAUUGCGAUGAAAAGACCUGCGGACCACAUGAAUUCCGUUGUGAGAAUAACAACUGCAUCCCAGAUCACUGGAGGUGUGACAGUCAGAACGACUGUGGAGACAACUCAGAUGAGCAGAACUGCAAGCCAGUCACCUGUAAUCACAAGGACUUUGCCUGUGCCAGUGGAGACUGCAUCUCCUCUCGAUUCCGCUGCGACGGCGACUAUGACUGCUUAGAUAAUUCAGAUGAGAAAGGCUGUGAGGCACACUGUGCGGACGACCAGUUCAGGUGUCACAACAACCUGUGCAUCUCACUGAAGUGGCUGUGUGAUGGACAGGAGGACUGCAAGAUGGGAGAAGACGAGAAAAACUGCCAGGCCACAGUACUCCCUUCAUGCUCUGUGAAUGAGUAUGUGUGCGCCAGUGGAGGGUGCGUCUCGGCCAGCUUACGAUGUGAUGGACAUGACAACUGUCUGGACGGGUCAGAUGAGAUUGGUUGUGUGAAGGAGUGCAGAGAAGAUGAAUUCUUGUGUUUGAAUCGUGCCCACUGUAUUCCCCGACGAUGGCGCUGUGACGACGUUCUGGACUGUAUGGACCACAGUGAUGAGGAAAACUGCAGUCAAGGAGUUUUCUUCUGCCGCGCCGAUGAAUUCACUUGCAACAACACCUUGUGCAAACUCCACACGUGGGUGUGUGACGGCAAGGACGACUGUGGAGAUAACUCGGAUGAAGACACGGACAUGUGUGCCAAACUUCCCUGCCCUCCUACAAGGCCGUUCCGCUGCAGAAACGAUCACGUGUGUCUGCGUGCCGAUCAAGUCUGCAACAAAGUGGACGACUGUGGUGACAACUCUGAUGAAGAAGAGUGCGAGGUGGCCGCAGGACGACCUCGGCCAUGCGGUAAAACAGAGUUCACCUGCAGCAGCCGACGCUGCGUCCCGAUCCAACUGCAGUGCGACCUCUUCAACGACUGUGGAGACGGCGGCUCCGACGAGCAAGACUGCAAAACCUCUUCAAGUGGAGAAUUAUGUGGGAAGAAAACAAAUCCAUGUGGAGAAGAUGCUGUUUGCAACCAAACAAAUGUUAAUGCUGUAUGUCAGUGCAAGCCGGGCUUUAAGAGGAACCAGAAGACGGGCCAGUGUGAAGAGAUUAACGAGUGUCUGCAGUUCGACGCGUGUCCACAUUACUGCACAAACACUAAAGGAUCCUUCAAGUGCUCGUGUGACAGAAACUAUAAGGAAAUCAAUGGCAACUGUGUUGCCAAAGGUCCCCAGGAUCGAGUCCUCUACCUGGCCAACGACACUGAAAUCCGAAGUUUCAUUUAUCCGUUUAACCAGAGCCAAGGACACAAACUGCUGACUCAUAUUGAAGACAACGCACGCAUUAUAGGAAUGGACUCACUGGUUCACCACCAAAAGUUUAUUUGGGCAACCCAGUUCAACCCAGGGGGAGUUUUUUACAAAGACUCUCUGGACAGGACUCAGAGUAAAACAAACGUCCGAAACAUUUGCUCAGACUUCCGUCGCCCCAGAGACGUCUCCGCCGACUGGAUCACAGGCAACAUUUAUUGGACGGAUCAUUCUCGAAUGCACUGGUUCAGCUAUUACACAGCCCACUGGACUAAACUCCGCUAUUCCAUAAACGUGGGGCAGCUUAAGGGACCAAAUUGCACCCGCUUGAUUACUGACAUAGCAGGAGAACCGUAUGCUAUUGCUGUCAACCCUGCCAAAGGCAUGAUGUACUGGAGUGUCAUAGGUGAUCACUCACAUAUUGAAGAAUCAGCCAUGGACGGAUCCUUACGGCGAGUUCUGUUGGAGAAAGGACUAAGGAGACCCACAGGUCUCGCCAUCGAUUAUUUUAACCAGCGUUUAUACUGGGCUGAUCCUGAGCUCUCGCACAUCGGAAGUGUGAGACUGGAAGGCUCAGACCCUCUGGUGACAAUCAGUGAGAGACACGGAAUCUCCCAGCCAUACAGAAUAGAUUUAUUUGAAGACUACAUCUAUGGAACGGGACUCAAACACGAGGUGUUCAAGAUCCACAAGUUUGGCAAACAAUCUGCGGAAUUUCUGAGUUUAGGGGUAGAGAAACCAACAAACAUUUUAAUCUCCCAUCGGUACAAACAACAGGAUGCAUCAAACCCGUGCCUGAGAAUGUCCUGCGACUUCAUGUGUUUGCUGAAUCCAACUGGAGCCACAUGUACGUGUCCAGAGGGCAAGGUCCUCGUCAAUGGAACCUGUAGUGACGUCAACAUCUCAGGUGAACUGUGUCGACCUCCCUGUGAAAAUGGAGGGCGCUGUUUGGCCAAUGAGAAAGGAGACUGGAGGUGCUACUGCUGGCCGGACUUUUCAGGGGAGCGCUGUGAGGUUAACCACUGCACAGACUACUGCCUGAACGGAGGCACGUGUGUGGGUUCACCUCUUGGUAAGCCCACCUGUCGAUGCAACAUUGGUUUCUCAGGGCCCUUCUGUGAGAGGAGGAUUUGUGACAACUACUGUUUGAACGGAGGAACGUGUGACAUCACUCAGGGGAACCAGCCGGUGUGCCGCUGUUUGGCAGAAUAUACAGGAGACCGCUGUCUCUACCACAUCUGUCAUCACUACUGUGUGAACUCCAAGGCCUGCACGUUGUCCAGCAGCGGCUACGUGGAGUGUGUCUGUCCCGCCAGGUUCGAGGGAAACAAGUGCGAGGUGGACAAAUGUCUCCGAUGCCACGGCGCUCCCUGCCUCAUUAAUGAGGAAACGGGGGAUGUGGUUUGCAAUUGCACAAAUGGCAGAAUAGCACCGAGCUGCCAGCUGUGUGACGGAUAUUGUUACAAUGGAGGCACCUGUCACCUGGACCCCGACACCAACCUGCCUUUCUGUCAAUGUUCAGCCAAUUGGGCAGGAACGCAGUGCGAGAGGCCCGCCCCUAAAAGCAGCAGAUCAGACAAAACCAGCGGAGGGAGCAUAGCUAUCAUUGUGCCUCUGGUCCUGCUCGUCGUCUUGAUCGUGAUGGUGGUGGGAGGUGUUUACAUCUGCAGACGGAGGCAAAGGGGAAAACGUGUCCAGAGGCAGCCCAUGACCAACGGUGGAAUAAACGUGGAGAUCGGGAACCCGUCAUACAACAUGUAUGAAGUGGACCACGACAACCACGCUGACGCAGGCAGCCUGCUGAGACCCAACUUCACACUGGACCCCCAAAAGGGCUGGUGCGUCAAAUCUAGUGAUCCUCACACUCUGGGUAUGAACUCUGUGCCCAAGGAGGUUAUCCCUGGACAGCCCAUGAACUACUCCAACCCCGUGUAUGCAAAGAUUUAUAUCGACGGACAAAACUGCAGGAAGCCGGUCAUCAGUAUCGACGAGAGGAGAGAGCUACUCCCAAAGAAAUUAGAAGGGACAAUUCAUGAAACCGCCGCAUAGCCUAACUUUACACUUUGUACUUCGUUUUCUACCACAAUAAAUAAUGUAUAGUACGACGGAAGACAGAAGUUUUUUUUUUUGUUUUUGUUUUUUUUUUAAUUUCCUAUGAGACUCUUAGGUUCUACUGGUUUAGCAUCAGCAUCAUGUCGGUGUGGCUGUGCUGAAGAGAUUUAUUUUCCAUUUGCCGUUUGCUUUAUAAUGUUUGUUAAAUGUAAGUUAUACAGCGCUAUACUCUUCACUGUCCCACACACACACACACACACGAGUACAGCUGCUGAUGGUGAAAACAUUAUUAACAACAUACUGUAAGCCACACUCGUGCACAGUUGAAACCUUAAAAUGCAGUGCUGAAACGUGUAGCCAUGUCUGUUUCUGGUUUCAGUGGAAUGUGGACACUGUCUUUUUUGUGAAUGUGAAGAAGGCAGGAUGGUCUCAGUCUGAGUUUGUUUUCUUUUUGUUUGUUUGUUUUAACGUCAUGUGACAGAAGGAGCAGUGAACUUCACAGUCAGGCCGCGCGGCUCGGUAGCUGUGAGGAUGUUUGUUUCUGUUCUCAGCGUCAUCUGACGGAUCUACAGACUGUGGACGGAUCUUCCUGUGAAGAUCCUGAUAUUUUUGACGUGAUCUUUCCUCACACUACCUUUGUUCCCUUUCUACUCGUCUGUUCCGUAUCCGCGGAUUUCGAUCUCUGUUUUGCCACGUUUUCACAGUAAGAUACCAUAUCUCUGGGUGCAAGAGAUUGAAGCCCACUUUGAAUGUUCUCUGAUCAGAUCCCCAGAUCCUGUACUGUACACUGAAGAGACAGAUGCUGAAUACCAUAUUUUUCUAGGCUUAUUUGUCAACAGAUGGGUCGGAGACAUAGACGAGGAGGGGGAUUUACCACGGUCACGAAGAAGGACUUAGGAUAUUGUUAUAAGAGACAUAUGUAACUCCAGAA